CGUCGCUAUAUACGGAAUCGGAAGCAAAGCAGCUAGGCCGAGUAUACACAUAUACUUGGCUAAUCGCAAUAUCGCCUAUCAGUCGCAGCAGAGUCCAGCUGGCAGAGCCCUCCGAAAUUUCAGCACAGUACAGUCGUACGGCUCCAAGAGAUCGCAAGUGUCCAGUUUCCCAGUCGUGUGAGGCCAAGAAUCCCGAAGUCCUUAAACUACAACAAUGGCAGCAAAGAGAAUGGAUUUAAACAGACGCACCUUUUUGGUGCUGAGCGGCAGCUCGAAUCCUUUGGGUCAGUCCCUGGCUCUGGAGUUCUGCCGGCGCCUGGGCACCGGAUCCCUGGCUCUGAUCCUGGAUGAGAAUCAGGAGCAGCUUCGGCAGCUGGAGAGUCACCUCCUGGUUGGGCUGAAAACGGAAAACGUUAAGGUGCUGACUGGGAAGCUGGACAAGGGCCACUCGAAUGGUGUCCAGCUGAUGGAGCAGGCUUUGAAAGCCCAUUUCGAAGCUGAGAAGGAGGUCCCUCGCUUCGAGCAAUCUGUAAUCCUGCACAACGAAGGACAAGCGGCCACCCAUGUGCUGCUGGAGCCCCAGAGCACCGAGGACUGGAAGGCCUAUGUCCAGGAGCAACUGUACGCUCCGGUGGCGCUCAACCAAAUGUGGCUGCAGUCGAAGUACCUGGAGAAGGUGGAGAAGCUGGCGGUGAAUGUGACCUCCUCCCUGAUGGUUCGUCCGCUGGUCCACGCGGGACUACUCUGCUCCUGCAAGCGGGCCAGGGACAUGUACUUCCGAGCCAUGGCCGCCGAGGAGUACCGCUUCGGGGUCCACGUCCUCAGCUUCUCCCCCGGACUGAUGGCCACCCAUGAAAGCCAGUGCGAUGUGAACGGAAACAGGAUUGACCCCACCGAUCUGAUCGCCGCCAAGCAGGUCCUCCAGCUGCCCAGGAUCCAGCCCAGCCAGGCCACCCUCAAGCUGAUCAACAUCCUGGAGGAGAUCUCCUUUGUGUCCGGUCACGAUGUCGACUACUACGACACCUUCGUUUUAUGAGUAGCACCGUGGGGGUGGGCUGCGUCCCCGAUGGACUCGGUUCUGAUCUUGGUUGAUGAUUUGGAAGCUGUUUUUGAUUUGACUGCCCUGGAAAUGAAUAAAAUCUGGGUACUGAUCCUGAAUUUAAACCUGAAAGUGCAAGAAAACCAAGCACCUGAACAGGAAAACGAAAAACAAA